AUGGACGUCAGCCUGCCUCCAAAACCCGCAGUGUACCUCCUACUGGUAUCCCUGCCAACCCUGAUCCUAUGCGAGGUCAAUUCAAUAUACAUCGGCCACUUUCUCGGCAAACCAAUCUCGUCCCUCGCCUUUCUCUCCGGGGCCAUCUACUUAACCCUCCAUGAACCCUCUCCCUACCGCAACUUCAUCACCUGGGGCCUCUUCUUCUCUCUAAUCGGAGAUAUCCUCCUUAUACCCUCUCGAAGCGAAUACGCCAAAGACACAAAACCCACCCCCAGAACCGCCAACAAGCCCAUUGCCGAGAAAGAAGUCUCCAUAUCAGCGUCAUUCCAGGCUGGAAUCGGUGCUUUCGCUGCAGCUCACAUAGCGUAUAUCCUUGCCUUUCUGGAAGAUACGCAAAGUAUAUCGUGGCCUGUCUUCGCGAGCGUGGCGGUAGCCUCGUUGCUUGCCGCGAGAUGGUUGGGGGUUCUAUACCCGAAGCCAGGUAGCGAGCUGGAGGCGAGUGGUGGCUUGCUUAUGAGGUCGAAUGUAUUGGGUUUGUCUGUGCCAGAUGAUAUGCGGCAUUUGGUAUGUGUGUAUACGCUGAUUAUCAGCUGUAUGGUUGCUUCUGCUGUUUCGACGGUACCGGUGUUGCAGCUUCCGACUAGCAUGUCGAUGCAGAGCCAGAGAACUUUGGGAGCGGUGAUGUUUGUGAUCAGUGAUAUCUUUGUUGCUAAGGAUGCGUUUAGCAAGAAGCGUGUUGAUAAGGGAGGGUAUUUUUGGCUGCAGUGUUCUCUUGGAUGGGGGCUGUAUUUUUGGGGCCAGAUGGUUCUAGCUGGAACCCUGAACGGUGUAUAG